AUGUUUGCCUUUUUUUUCUUCCACUUCCGUCCCUUCGCCUCCGUUUGUGCUAGCAGGGGCGAGUGCCCAGGGGUCAAAAUGGGGCGGAGCCGACGGUGUGCCUGGACAGCAGUUCUGCUGAAGAUGAUAUGCCUGGCUUUUCUCGCGGUGAACAGCACUUCUUGCCUCGAUGCAAGAGCUACCGAGAACGACGUGUCCUCGUUUUCCUGGGACAAGGGACUAAGUGAUGUCGUUCCACACGCGCUCGCCAACUUGUUGCCACAGCGCGACAGCGGGCAAGGCGCCGCCCCUAAGAGAAAGAAGCAGAAACAAAUCAGCCACAAGCACAGCGUGGCAGCAGCGCUGAAAGCAAGUCGUCAAGUACGCGCCGAAAUAUCGCGAGUACUGGAGCAAAUUCGGAGAAUAGAGGCGGGGGAGUCUGUUAGUCUCUCGAGACACGUAGAUGAAUUGCUUGCUGAAGAGCUGACGUCAGUCACAAGCUCGAAGAAAUCGAAGGACAGAUCUGACAAAGGGAAGAAACAGGCGAAGCAGACGAAAGUGAAGGAGAAGCGGAAGAGUGACGUGACCUCCACGACGACUAUGGGAUUGGAAACAGAGUCUGGGAAGGAUGCUGCCCCGUUGCAGCGUCAGCCGGCGAAUGGGGAGCGACAGAAGGCGGAUAUGCAUCGGGACGGGGGUGAACCCAAUGAGGUGGAGGUGGGCAAAAUCACAUUGGAGAAGAGUAGCGAACUGUCGAAAACGCAGGGUCCUUUGCCUUGGAAGCGGCGACUGUAUGUUGCCACUGUUGUCGCUGCCUCUUCGAUCAUCGGCGCUUUAGUAGGUUUCAUUCUGAGGGGCGACCUACCUAUUUCUCUACUUCCAUUGUAA